AUGGGUUGCGGACAGUCCAAAUGGCGUAACAAUGCGUGCGAUGGUUGUCCUGUGUUUGAUUACCUCAAAAAAUUUGUCAUAGACCUGGAAUCAUGGGAGAAGUUGCAUCUCUUUAUUGGAACUCUUGCACUAGUCUCAUCUGCCGCAACAAAUCUCGCCUACCCGAGACUUAUAGGGUCUAUUAUAGAUUCCACAACAACAAAAUCCAUUAGCAUAGGUUCUACUGAUAUUUCCAGUGGCCUAACUCCAAGUAGUGGAUUUGAGAACUUGUUUGGUAUCUACAAUUUUUUCGGUGGAUCAGAUUCUACCUUCAAAAAAUUAUUAUUUACAGCCUUGCCUCUAUAUAUGAUUGGUUCGUUGUCUAGCUACAUCAGAGUCUACAAUUUUCAAAAGGCAAAGUACCUUAUUGAGAAAAGGUAUCGCAUACAAAUGUAUCGCACGCUUAUGUUGCAGGGUUUACCAUUUUUUCAUUUGCAGAGUAGUGGUUCAUUGCUCAAUAAUUUGGUGAAAGACUGCGAAGAUGGACCUAAGACAUUGAUUGAUUGCUUUGUCCAGUUCUUAAGGGCUUGUAACUCCUUGUUUGGUGGUGCAUUCAACAUAAUUUUGUUGUCGCCUAAAUUGGCUGGGACCAGCCUGUUGAUAAUACCUAUAUUUGCCUUUACUGCUAUGGGCUAUUCCAAACUCAUAAAAAAGCUUAAGAGUAGAGAGAAGGAGUUACAGAAUGGCGCAUUUGGCUGCGCUGGUGAAGCACUGAAUGGCGUAGAAACUGUUAAAUACCUCGGAAUGGAGGAGUUUGAGAUAGAUAAAUUCACAGCUAUGCUACAAUCAGUCGAUAACACUGCUGAUAUUGUAGCAGCGGCGGAUGGGGGGUUCAUGGCCACUAUAUUAGCCGGUAUUAACGCCUGUAUGCUCGUUAUAAUGUAUCUGGGUUCUGAGCAGAUGAGCCAAGGUUUUAUAACGGUGGGAAAUUUAGCUUCUUUUUCCAUAUACGGGGGAAUGAUCGGAUUGGGGGCGUCAAGUAUAUCAAAAAUUGUCACGGAGGUGACCAAAGCGUUGGUUUCAUUAAAGACAAUAUAUGAUAUAAUACAACUACCCAUGGAACAGCAGAGCGGAUUGAAGUUGCAUGAUGUGAAGGGGAAGAUUGAAUUUAGAAACGUCGUGUUUAGCUACCCCAAUAGGAAGGAUUUUUUUAUUUUUAACAAUUUGAACUUGACAAUCUUACCUGGGGAAGCUGUGUCAAUUGUUGGCGCAUCUGGAUCUGGAAAAAGUACUCUCUUGCUAUUAUUUUCAACGCUGUUUAAGCCCAGCAGUGGCAUGGUGCUGUUAGAUGAUGUGAACAUUGAUACGCUGGAUUCCAGUUGGUAUAGACGUCAUGUUUUCGGUGUUGUUUCGCAGGAACCAGUGCUGUUUAAUGGGACAAUUUUCGACAACAUAUGCUAUGGCUACCAGAAUGCAACAGCAGAGGAGGUUUACGAAGCUGCGAUGAAGAGCAAUAUUCACGACUUCAUAGUGAGCCUGCCCAACAGAUACGAUACAAUGGUUGGACAGAACGGAGUGAUGCUUUCUAUGGGUCAGAAGCAGCGUAUCGCAAUAGCACGUGCAAUAAUUAGGGAUCCGCCCAUUUUGAUACUGGACGAAGCCACAUCAGCGCUGGACGCUGGGUCAGAAAGUAUAGUACAAGCGGCUAUUGAAAGAGCAAUGGAGGGGAGAACAGUUUUGAUGGUAACUCAUAGGGAAACUAACAUGAAGAGGGCGAACAAGGUGUUAGUGUUGGACAAAGGGGGGAUUGUAGCCAGUGGUUCACUAAAGGAUGUGUCAAAGUGUGAUGUAUACAGGCGCAUAUUCAAUUUAACCAUCUAA